AAAUGUGGAAAUAACUCUCCGUUUUUUAUUGUUGUUUUAAGUUUUCCUCAUUUUCCGGGGUCGCCAAUCUUCGAUCAGACAUGACCGCCGAUCGCAUAAUCCUGCUGCAGUUCAGCAUGCACUGUUUCAAGAUCAUCUUCAUCUACUGCAUCUGUGUAAAUGUCCUGGAGCAUCUUGUCCAGCAAGUCCAGGAAAACUGAGCGGGAAAAUGCUGGGUCCGGAAAACGGGGACAAUAAA